AUGGCCAAUGAAGACGAAGGAGAGGCAUGGCGACGACGGCGUCGCGAGGUGGACCACUACUCCCAGCAGGCUCCACGCCUCCGGCGCCUGCGCCUCUCGCCACCGCCCUCCUUUUGUGUUGCCUUCUUCAGCUCACUCUGGAAAGGCUUGGGGACAAAGGGCCCGGGGAGGAGAGCCGGCCCCGCCCUGGGCGUGGCCACGCGGACCCUCUACCGCCUUUGUCCUGCUGGGGCUGCGGUCCAGUUCGGUCGCUUUUCGCUGCUGCGGCUUGUCCUCGAUACCCUGACGUCGGCGAUCCGCCCCGGAGACGCUCGGCGGCUGGCUGUCUCGGGAGCCAGCCGCGGAGUAUACCGCAUCCUGGCGGUGCCAGGUCUUCCAGCUGGGACCUCCAGCAACCUCCUGGUGCAGAACCAGACGCAGGGCCUUUUCAGUUUAAGCGGCUGCCGCGCCGGCCCUCACGCGAGGGUCCCCUUUGUCCGCAGGUACAGCUGCGGCCCCACCGUGUACGAUCACGCGCACCUCGGCCACGCCUGCUCGUACGUGAGGUUUGACAUCAUCCGAAGGGUCCUGACCAAGGUCUUCGGGUGCGGCGUCGUCAUGGUGAUGGGCAUCACCGAUGUGGAUGACAAGAUCCUCAGACGAGCCCGCGAGAUGGACAUGUCGCCUGCUGCCCUGGCCAGGAAGUAUGAGGAGGAUUUCAAGCAGGACAUGGCAGCCCUGAAGGUGCUGCCGCCCACCGUGUCUUUGCGAGUGACCGAAAUGGUGCCCCAGAUCAUCUCUUUCAUUGAAGGAAUCAUCGCCCGUGGGUACGCAUACGCCACGGCGAGAGGUAACGUCUACUUCGAUCUGAGGGUGAGAGGAGACAAAUACGGCAAACUGGUCGGCGUGGUGCCCGAUCCAGCCGCAGAGGCAGGGGACUCGGACAAGCAGCACGCGGGCGACUUUGCGCUGUGGAAGGCGGCCAAACCCGGGGAGGUGUCCUGGACCUCCCCCUGGGGACCCGGCCGGCCUGGCUGGCACAUCGAGUGUUCUACCAUAGCUAGCUCUGUGUUCGGGAGCCACCUGGAUGUGCACUCGGGCGGCAUUGACCUCGCCUUCCCGCACCACGAGAAUGAGAUUGCGCAGUGCGAGGUCUUCCACCAGUGUGGGCAGUGGGGCAACUACUUCCUGCACUCUGGGCAUCUGCACAUCCAGGGCCAGGAGGAGAAGAUGUCCAAGUCCCUGAGGAACUACGUCACCAUCAAGGACUUCCUGCGCAGCUUCUCGCCUGACGUCUUCCGGCUCUUCUGCCUGCGAAGCAGCUACCGGUCAGCGAUCGACUACAGCGACAGCACCAUGCAGGAGGCCAGCCGUGUCCUGUGCGGGCUGGCCUCAUUCCUGGAGGACGCGCGUGCCUACAUGCAGGGACAGCUGGCCGGCGGCCCCGUCAGUGAAGCUGAGCUGUGGGACAGGCUCAGUAGCACCAGCAGCACCGUGAGGACUGCGCUGGCCAACGACUUCGACACGCCCAGGGCACUGGAUGCCAUCCUGGGCCUGGUGCGUCUGGGGAACAGGCAGCUCAAGGCGGCUGCUGAGGGCCCCGGAGGUCCCAGGAGCCCUGCCGUGCUGGGCGCUGUGGUCACCUGUGUGGAGCAGUUCUUUGAGAUGGUUGGGAUCGCUCCGGCCGGUCGGCAGUGUGUUCCAGGAGAUGGCAGCACGGCUGCCCUGCACAGUGUGGUGGACGAGCUGGUGCGCUUCCGACUGAAGGUGCGGCAGUUUGCACUGGACACACAGGCGGCCACCGGGGAUGCCCGGCGACGGCAGCUGCAGGAGAGGAAGCCCUUGCUGGAGGCGUGUGACACACUGCGCCAGGACCUCGCUGCCCACGGUGUCAUCAUCAAGGACAGAAGUGGCGCAACCUCCACCUGGGAACUGCUGGACCCACGGACGGCACAGCAGAAGCUGGGGGGCUGAGGCCACAGAUGCGACCUCUCUGCAGCUCUGCCCUUCCCAGAAGAACUUUGUAUUAAAGUUUUUCAUCAAGGCCUUUCCACCUGCAUUAAAAUGGAGUGGAUCUG